AUGCAUUUCUCCACGUUCGCUUCCGCUGCGGCUCUCUUCCAACUUUCCAUAGCUGGCUAUGUAUUGGAGGAUGAUUACAUGAGCGACUUUUAUGGGUCUUUCGACUUCUUUACUGACCCAGAUCCGACCCAUGGAUUCGUCAAGUAUGUUGACGAAGCUACGGCGCGGUCGUCGAACCUGAUCAACGCGUCUACGACGGUACCCGUGGAGUGGGGUGUUGAUACCACCACCAAACCUACGGAUGGAAGGCCCAGCAUCCGUCUCGCCAGCAAGAAGACGUACAACACUGGACUGGUUGUAAUAGACGUCCAGCAUAUGCCUUUCGGCUGCGGUACCUGGCCUGCUUUCUGGAUGGUUGGUCCCGACUGGCCUAACGGUGGUGAGAUCGACGUCCUCGAAGGUGUCCACGAGCAGGAGACCAAUGCUAUUACUCUGCACACCAACAGCGGAUGUUCCAUCGCCACUGACGGCAACGCGUUCGCCGGCGACGUCUCUACGUCUAACUGCGAUGUUAAAGCUCCCAACCAAGACGAGAAUGCCGGCUGCUCCAUCAAGCAACAGAGUUCAAAGAGUUACGGCGCUGGACUCAAUGGCAAUGGGGGUGGCGUUUACGCUACGGAGUGGACGACCGAUGCCAUCAGCGUCUACUUCUUCCCGCGAGGCGAGGUUCCCCAGGAUGUUCUCGGCGACAGCCCGGACCCAAGCGGAUGGGGAACGCCCGCCGCGAGAUUCGCCAGUUCCAGCUGCAACAUCGAACAACACUUUAAGGAACAGCAGAUUGUUUUUGACACCACGUUCUGCGGCGACUGGGCUGGAAACACUUGGAGCAGCAGCUCGUGCGCUUCCAAGGCCGCGACCUGCAAUGAAUAUGUUCAGAACAACCCAGAGGCUUUCACGGAUGCUUUCUGGACUGUCAACGCUUUGAAGGUCUACUCGAACAACGGCGAGGCGCCCCAGCCGUCUGAGCCGGCCUCUCCUCCGGAGAGCAGCGCAGUUCCUGUGCCUACCGGCGAGACCACUGAGGUCCCUAUUCCUUCUGUGACCGGUCUUCCGUCCAUUAUCCCCACCAUCGAGCCGCCAAACCCUUCCGAUUCCAGCGUCGCCGUCUCAAAACCCGUCCCAACGAGCUCCGGCAUCGACUCCCCGCCGAUCAUUGACCCUUCGACCGUUCCCACCGCCCCAUCAGAGACGCCUGUUCCCUCUGCGCCAGCUCCUUCCGGGGUGCCCUCUGGGCCUCGCAGAAGCAGGGGCGGCCACCACGGCAGGCCAACCCAAAGUCUCAACAACAAUGUCGUGGCGCCAACUGGUGGCACUGGUGACGGCAACAUGGGCGGCUUCCAGUGGCCUAGCGGCGGAAGCGGCGACGCCGAAAGCAACCCUGUUCCCAGCGGCACCGCCGCACCCUUCCCCGUUCCCGGAAACAGCACCAUUCCCCUCCCCACCGGGACUGGCACUGGUGUUCCAUCACAGUUCACAUCCAUCGCUCUCAACAUCUCCUCCGUGCCUGCCGAGACCGCCAUCGGCGCUCAGCCUACGAACCUCGAGAGUAUGCCUAGCUUCGGCGAUGCGACGGCGACGCCUUCGGUUACCGCUCCGGCCGUUCCUACCGUGACGGACAUCAACGAAGUCGUCGAGACUGUCUACAAAACUGUUGUGGUUACGGUCACGCCUGGCGAGACGCCUGCACCGGGAUCUAGGAGGGCGAGGCAUGUUCGCGCUCAUCGUCGCAGGAUGGUGCAGCAUAACGGUGGUCGCUGA